AUGAGUCUUCAUAACAUCCUUCCUGGUGAUGGUGCUGUUAGUAACAGUAUUAUUUACGGCGGUAAUUUUUUCAUGGGAGGCAAUAUUGUUUUUGGAGACGGUAAUUCCCAUGUUGAAAAUGAAGAAUAUGAUGAUUAUGGUAUUAAAGAACGUUCAAAAAAUUUAGAUGAUGAUGAAAUUAUGGAUUUAUCCAAUGAGCAUAAUGAAACUCAAAAAUUUUCAGAAUUGGAUGAAGAUAUGUUACUUUCUGAAAAAGUUUCUUGGGAAUUGGAUUUUUGGUAUAAAGAGGAUUCGCCGUAUAGUUUCGAUGAUCCAGAAGACGGAAAGUUAAGCGCCCAAGAAA